AUGGAGUACUCUAGCUUCUCGUUCGACGCUACCUAUCAGUUCUUCCCUCAUAGCCAGGCAUUCCCCACACAAACCCUCACCGAUGACUAUGACACCACCGGCCCAGACAUGCUGUUAAGCUUCCCAAGUCAUGAUACUUCAGCUGAGCCACUGGAUCUCUACGGUCACUCAUCAAUGCAGAGAUUCUUGAAGGACAACCAACGUGCUUCAUUGUUCAACCCCAUGCCACAGCCACAGGCUCCAAGUGUUACACAGCCUGUCCAUGCCCUUCCACCCACAGCCUCACAUGGUCGUCAAGGAUCACCCUUCUCCUCAAACGAGCCAUCAAGUUGCAGCGGUGGCCAGAGCCCGCACGCAGACAGCGAUCUCUACACUGACAACACACCCUCCACACCAUCUGACACGAUGCUCUUUACCCAGUACACCUCGGCGCGUCCCGGAUUUUACGAGCCCGAAGGCCAGCUUCCGUUGUUUGGAAUAGGUGAAGUGCCUGGUGAAGCCGGCCAAUUUAUGACAAUGGGAGACUGCAACAACAUCGAAGACUCAAAGACCGGAUGGGAAGACUCGGGCCAAGCCAUCGACUUCGACACGCCGCAACACAGCUUCACCGGCGGAAGCCAGACAGCGGACUCCACGGACGCCGCCGGCGCAGCCACGCAAGAUUCAGCUGGCCCCAGCUACGGCCGCCUAGCCAGCCCAGAAGACACACCUACGAUUAUCAAAGAUGAGAUACUCAUUCCUGAACAUGUCGUACCCGCAGAGAAAACGCCAAGUGCAUACCCCAGCCCCAGUACUGGAGCAAGCGAGGACGACCUGGAAGGGAUAGACGUCGCCGCUUUCCAAAGCGACGACGACGAAGAUGAUGGCGACUAUCGCCCGGACAGGAAACAUGCCGGUUCUGCUGCACCGCGGUCCAACAAGCUGAAGAGAGGCGCAGCCAAGAAGCCCCUCGACAGGCCGGCGCCGAAAAGAGCGAGGACGGCCUCGUCGGUACAGCCACUCAAGAUCCUUCCACCCCCAAGUGCCAGAACCCAAGGCUCUUACCUCUGCCCAGAGUGCUCCCAUUCGUUCAAAGACGAGUGUACUCUUCAGAGCCACGUCAAAAAGCAGCACACCCGGCCUUUCAUCUGUGUUUUCAGGUUCGCAGGAUGUCAGUCGACCUUUGCAAGCAAGAACGAGUGGAAACGCCACGUCAUGUCUCAGCACCUCCUGCUGUACUACUGGUUGUGUGACAUCGACGUGUGCGCGCACAACAAGAACAACCCGACGGCGCCACACUCGCACGGCGGCAAGCGAAACAAGAGCCGCCGUGCUGAGAACGCCGCCGCGUGCGAGCUCCUCGGACCCGCCCUCCCAGACGGCGCCAUCUUCAACCGCAAAGACCUGUACACCCAGCACCUACGCCGGAUGCACACGCCGGCACACAUAAAGAAGACGGGGUCUGCGAAGUCGUCCAAGAAGGCCGCGGCCUCGUUGCAAGCAUCGUCCUGCGCCAGCCCCGCCGACUGGGACGACAACAUCAAGGUCCUCCAGAACAAGGCGCUGCGCGAGCGCUGCCAACUGCCGGACUACAUGGAGUGUCCCGCCCCCCACUGCACCCAGACCUUCAACGGCGUCGACGCGUGGGACCAGCGCAUGGAGCACGUCGCGAGGCACCUCGAGAAGGCCGCCACCGGGGCGGAAGAGCCGGUUGUGUUUGGUGGGCCCACAGACCCGUCGCUCAUGGCCUGGGUGGCGAGGCCCGAUGUCGCCGUUGCCAGGCAGGAGAUGCCCACCGGGAAGUGGGUGCUCAACAACCCCCUCCGUCCGGCGAGUGACGGCCGCACUACGGGCAGGAAGAAGUCGGCGGCGGCCGCGGCCGCGACUGCAGCAGCAGCAGCGACUUCGCCUGUGAUUGUUGCGACCUCGCCAGCGGUGACCUCGGUAGCUAGUGAGAUUUUUGUUGGGGACGGGGACGAGGAUGCCGAAGGUGAAGAGGAGUAA